CAGAAGGGAAAGCCAAGCCUAGCAGGACCAAGGGGCUUGUGAUCUGUCCACACAACUGGGACACUCGCCAGUCCAACACCCCAGAACUACCCCAGGCAUUCUGGCCUCUUCUAGUCUGGGUGCUGGGAAGCCCAGCUGGAUGCAGGCAGCUUGGCUCUUGGGGGCCCUAGUGGUCCCUCAGCUUUUGGGUUUUGGCCAUGGAGCCCGGGGUCUUGGGAGGGAGUGGGAGGGAGGCUGGGGAGGGGCCCUGGAGCAGGAGCGAGAGAGGGAGUCAAUGAUGCUGAAGGAUCUACAGGAGGCCCUGGGGCUGCCCACUGCGGUGGGAAAUGAGGAGGAUAGUCUUGCUGAAAAUCAUGAAGGCAAAGAGGCCUGGAGAACCAAGGAGACUCCAGAGGAAGAAGAGGAAGAGGAAACCACCACAGCAUCUUUUUCUAGUCCCAACCCUUUCCCCAGCUCUUCUCCCACACCAGAAGACACCAUCACUUAUAUCUUGGGCCGCUUGGCCAGCCUGGAUGCCGGCCUACACCAACUGCACAUCCGUCUGCACACUUUGGACACCCGCGUAGUUGAGCUGACCCAGGGGCUGCGGCAGCUGCGGGAUGCAGCGAGAGACACCCGCGACUCCGUGCAAGCUCUGAAGGAGGCAGAGGUCCGUGCUGAGCAGGAGCACGGCCGCUUGGAGGGUUGCCUGAAGGGCUUGCGCCUAGGCCACAAGUGCUUCCUGCUCUCGCGAGACUUCGAGACCCAGGCGGCGGCGCAGGCGCGCUGCAGGGCGCGGGGCGGGAACCUAGCUCAGCCUGCGGACCGCCAGCAGAUGGAUGCGCUAAGCCGGUACUUGCGCGCUACGCUCGCCCCCUACAACUGGCCGGUGUGGCUGGGUGUGCACGACCGGCGCUCGGAAGGGCUGUACCUUUUCGAGAACGGCCAGCGCGUGUCCUUCUUCGCCUGGCACCGUGCGUCCAGCCUGGAGUCCGGUACCCAUCCUAGUGCGGCAUCACAUCCACUCAGCCCGGAUCAGCCGAAUGGCGGCGUCCUGGAGAACUGCGUGGCGCAGGCCUCAGACGACGGUUCCUGGUGGGACCAUGACUGUGAGCGGCGCCUGUACUUCGUCUGCGAGUUCCCCUUCUAGAGAGCUGGCCCCUGCCCUGCAGCUCUCGCACACGUUUCUGCACCGGGCUCUG